AUGGUAGACAUGCCUGAGGGAAACUACACCACUGUGACUGAAUUCAUCCUCCUGGGUCUAACAGACAGGCCAGAGCUCCAGGGUGUUUUAUUUGUGGUGCUCCUGAUCAUAUACUUGACCACAGUAGUAGGGAACUUGGGCAUGAUCACAUUAAUCAAGGUUGACCCCCGACUGCAUACUCCUAUGUAUUUUUUUCUCAGCCACUUGGCUUUCUUGGACUUCUCCUACUCCUCAGCAAUUGCCUCUAAGACACUAAUGAACCUAUUCGCUGAGAACAAGGGCAUCUCAUUCAUCAGCUGUGCUGCUCAGAUGUAUAGCUUCAUUGCAUUUGGGGCUACUGAAUGCUUCCUUCUGGCUGUAAUGGCAUAUGACCGCUAUGUGGCCAUUUGUAAGCCCUUGCUUUAUAAAGUCAUCAUGUCCCAUCGACUUUGCCUGAUACUCCUGAUUGGGUCUUACAUUUGUGGCUUUGCAAUUUCAUUGAUACACACAAGCUAUGCUUUCCGGCUGUCGUUCUGCCACUCAAAUGUCAUCAUUCAUUUCUUCUGCGAUGUCAUUCCCUUGCUCAACAUCUCCUGCACUAACACCAGAGCAAAUGAAAUCAUUCUGUUUGCAUUCUGUAUCUUUAAUGGGGUCUUCAUCACAUUGGAAAUUUGCAUUUCUUAUAUGUAUGUUGUUUCCACUAUUUUGAAAAUCCGCUCCACUACAGGCAGGCACAAAGCCUUCUCCACUUGCAUUUCUCACUUGACAGUUGUUGUGAUGUUCUUUGGGACAGCUGUUUUUAUGUAUAUGAGACCCAGUUCAGACUCCUCACCAGAUGAAGAUAGGGUUGUGUCCAUUUUUUAUACCGUGGUAAAUCCCAUGUUGAACCCCUUGAUCUACAGCCUGAGGAACAAGGAGGUGAAGGAUGCCUUGAAGAGGGUGUUAAACAAGAAAAAUUGGGGUUUUGUGCAGAAAGAUACUAAGGUGAUUAAAACUAUUGCUUAA